UAAUGUUUACAUCACGUGUCUGUGUUGCUGGGGCCUGGCGGAAAAUCUUCAACGUCGGGCCCACUAAGCUAGCUUAUUCUGCGUGUUUCAUGGAAUUAAAACAAAACCACAGAAAACAAACAAAAAUGACUUUCUGACACAUGCAUGCAAUAAUAAAUAUAUCAUCACCAUGGGUCAGCUGGCGACUAAGGUGUGCGGCGGCGGAGACGAAUCGUUUAGAAUCCUCAUGCUUGGUCUAGACAACGCAGGUAAGACAACAAUCCUGUACAAACUGAGGCUAGGCGAGGUGGUGUCCACGAGCCCGACCGUGGGGUUCAAUGUUGAGAACGUGACCCCGAGUAAAGGUGUUGCAUUCACUAUGUGGGACAUCGGCGGGCAACGGCAGAUUAGACCUCUCUGGAGGCACUACUACGGCGGGGCUCAAGGUCUGAUAUACGUAGUGGAUAGUUCUGACACAGAGAGAAUGCCUGAGGCCGGAGAGGAGCUGUCUAGUGUGCUGGAGAGCCCGGAUAUGUCUAGCUGUCCUGUAGUAGUAAUCGCCAACAAAAGCGACACACCUAAUGCUAUGAAAACCUCCCAAAUUGUCGACGCACUGAAUUUGCAGUCACUGCGGAACAGGAAGUGGCAUGUGCAGACUUCAAGCGCAAUGAAAGGGGAGGGAAUCGACGAGGCAAUGAGGGAGCUCUGCAGGCUAGUCAGAGGGCAAAAGUGAUCACAUCGAAACAUUCUCUAACCAACGGGACGUGUCGUUACCGGAAAUGUCCCCACAAGUCUGUGCAACAGAAACGAACAUCAAUUGUGUAAAUCUAUUUUCACAAGUCUGUGCAACAGAAACGGAGAUAAAACGUGCAAAUCUAUUAUCAUAUGUCCAUGCGACAGAAAUGGACAUAUAUAAUGUGCAAAUCUUUUCUCGCAAGUCUGUGUGCGACAGAAACGGACAUACAAAUGUCUUCUCACACAUGUGCGCACACGCCACACGUGUAUGCAUCGAGUACUACAACUAACGUAACUACAUCUAUAUAUUUUCAUCAUUAUAAUCAUUAUAAUUUGUUUUCCUACGAAUCCGCUUAUGUAUUAAAUUAAGACUAGAAGGUGGAAUCAAAACAAGA